AUGACAGAAAGACAGCAAGAAAGAGGGAAUGUAGACGGAUCCGGAAACCCUUCUGUGUCUAGAGUUGCUGAACUGAAAAAGGAAUCGGUUUUUGAAAUUUGGCACCGAGGGAAAACACCGAAUGUUGGCGAACUGGGUCACCGAGAUCGGUCAUCUUCAUUUUUAUGCAAUAACGGGAAAUAG